UUUAUUACUAUAACCAUAAUCUUCAUUUUGUCAUUUUGCCACCAAUAAUUCCGAUUUUGUCCUGCAUGGCGCUCCAUAUUUUGUGUGGAUUUUUUCUUACCACCUUUGUUUUCAUGCAAACACUGGCAGAUACUUCUUCAUCGUGCACCGAUUGCUUUGUAAAUUCAAGGGCAACAUAUUACCCCCAUUCUGAACAAAAUGGGACAGCCAACGGUGCAUGCGGCUUUGGUUCCUUUGGUGCUAUGGUGAACGGCGGCGACGUAUCUGCCGCAUCUAGUCUUUAUCGAAAUGGCGUUGGAUGUGGCGCCUGUUACCAGGUGAGGUGUACGGACGGUGGUUAUUGCUCAGAUAACGGUGUGACAGUGGUUAUAACAGACGAAGGGUCAAGUGAUAACACUGAUUUCAUUCUCAGCGAACAUGCCUUUGAUCGGAUGGCUCAGACCACUGAUGCAGCUGCUUAUCUCUUAGCCCUUGGCGUUCUUGAUAUUCAGUAUACACGGGUUGCAUGCAAUUAUCCACACGAGAACAUAACAUUCAAGAUAGAUGAGAGUAGCAGCAACUCUAAUUACUUGGCAUUUGUGAUUUGGUAUCAACAGGGAAUUAGAGACAUAACUGCUGUCCAGCUUUGUGAGACUGAGAACUUUGAGUGCAAGCUGCUAGAUCGGAGCCAUGGUGCAGUGUGGACUAGCUCCUCUCCUCCAAGUGGACCAUUGUCUAUAAGGAUGUUGUUUAGUGAUGAAGAUGAACAAAAUGAAGAAUGGGUUGUUCCUCCUAAUAACUUACCCGCAGAUUGGAAGCCUGGUCAAAUAUAUGACUCUGGGAUACAAGUUAACUUUUAAGGAACCACCACAACCAAAACAAUAUAACGAUUCAUUAAGUAGUUAAAGUUUUGUUUUUCUUUUUUCUCUCUUUGUAAUAAUUGGUGAGGCAUGUUGUGGAGUGUGGACAAUCAUACUAAGCAUGUCACCAAACUCGAUUGUGUUAAUUAAUUCGUUUUUAUUUCUAAUAAUGAUAGUGUUGAAAGUUGA